CACAGCGCGGGAGGCGGAGAGGAGGCAGAGCCGAGCCUGCUGGGGGGGACCGAGACCCGCAGACGGCGGGAGGGGCGGCCACUCACAGCCUGACAGACACAGAGGCACAGACCAGGCCCACGAGGGACCGAGCCACAGAGAGGCACCUGGGCCCACCACCGCCAGGAGGGGACGCCGGUUGCAAGGGGGCGAACCCGUCUGCCCGUUGCAAGGAGAAACCCCCUGCCCGGUGCCCGUCUCGCAGGCCGGCCUUCCGCGCGGCCACUGGGACGAAGCACCGCACGUGGCGAGAGCAUCUGGGAGGCAGCGGGCAGCAAGGCGGCUUGAGGACCCUGUGCACAGGGCUCUUCUGAUUCCCUUGGCCCAGAGGGAAAGCAAAAGAUGACAGAGAAUUCCGCCUCAGCCCCUGCCGCCAAGCCCAAACGGGCCAAGGCGGCCAAGAAGUCAACAGAUCACCCCAAGUACUCUGACAUGAUAGUGGCCGCCAUUCAAGCUGAAAAGAGCCGGGCCGGCUCUUCUCGCCAGUCCAUCCAGAAAUACAUUAAGAGCCACUACAAAGUGGGGGAGAAUGCUGACUCCCAAAUCAAGUUGGCCAUCAAGAGGCUGGUCACCACUGGUGUCCUCAAGCAGACCAAAGGGGUUGGUGCGUCUGGCUCUUUCCGCCUGGCCAAGGGUGAUGAACCGAAGAAGCCACCCCCAGCUAAGAAGGCCAAGAAGGAAGUCAAGAAGGCCACGACACCCAGGAAAGCAGCUAAACCCAAGAAAGCUGCCACCAAGUCCCCAGCCAAGAAGCCCAAAGCUGCCGCCAAGAAAGCCAAAAAGAAGCCAGCAGCCGCUCCAAAGAAAGCCAAGAAGCCAAAGACUGUCAAGGCCAAGCCAGUGAAGGCAUCGAAGCCUAAAAAGGCAAAGCCAUCGAAACCCAAAGCAAAGUCCAGUGCGAAGAAAUCAGCCAAGAAGAAGUGAAGUGCAAGCCUGGGAUCUUCUUUCUUGGACACUCUUCUUCACCUCUACUUCUGUAAAUAGUUUUCUCCUUUAUUCUCUUCUCUCUUUCUAUUGCAACUUUAUAAAAGACUGGACUAUUAUUUCCCUGAAAUAGUUAAAAUAAUUCAAUUACUAAAAAAAACAACAACGCAGUACUGAGACUUGUCUUAUAAGUGUUAUUGGUUGUUUUUUUUUCCGUUGUAAUCUUAGAGCUCUCUAUUUUUUUUAAUGUAUGAAAUACUUAUCUGUGUUUUGGGAGCGGGGGGAAUCCAUGUUGGAUAAAAGGGAAUUGAGUUCCCCAGUCUCCUACCAGCUCCAGGGUAUCAUACAGGUAAAUUGGCUGUGCAUGGAACUUGCCCAUGCCAGAGUAUGGGGACAAAGAUCCCUAAAUGAAGGGGGUCUGAGAAAAGUAAUUAUGCUGGAAGAUCUUGACCACAUGGGAUAAAUUGCUGUAGCAUAAAUUACAUUUUCUUUAACCUCAAUCUGAUGGUUCAGCAUUUCCCAUAUAU